AUGGGGGCUGCUUCAUAUAAUCCCGAUGGCGAACCAAGUCCUUUAUCGUCCCCGUUGGGACGAUUGUCAGAAUCUCCGGAGGACGAGUCUUUCAUGACACCUCUUUCGGACGACCAAACCAACUCGUCAAAAUACUCUGUGGAAAACACUUCAGCUGGGUUUGAUGUCCUUCCAAGGUCCCCGCUCCUUGAGCAGCAUGAACAUGGACUUGGCCCAUCCGGUCUAGAUCGUAUACGCUCCCAACCGCCGUCUCGGGUCUUUACACUUCCAAACAUGUCCACCUCUUCUAUUGGCGCGUUGAGUCCCCGAACCCUCUCCCCUUCACCGCGAUCUCUUUCAUCAUCGAGAGCCAACUCAAUGGCUGUUUCGUCUAGCCAAGAUAUAAAUACGCUGGAAGAUCUUCAUCGGUUUCCCUCCGAAUCAUUACAUUCUUUUUCUUUUGCGCAACAAUCUGAGGAGCUAUUACACACUCGCCAGAACAUCCUGAAGAGAUCUAUAGACUUUAUGCGCGACCGCUUCAAAUGGGGCCCCGGUAGCACGACGGGGGUCGCCAGCCCCCCGAACCGUAUGCGCGGCGAUACGGACACGCAGGCGAUGGUGGAUCUUAUGUCCCAGUCCAGCAUCUUCGGGGCUUCGUUCGGACCCAUGACCGGACCUGCCGAUUUGGGAAGCGACAAUGUUUUUGACAGAACAUUUACCGAUCUUCAGCGACCACUGCCAGAAGCCAAGGACUUCGGGCAGCCGCCAUCGCAACUCCCAGCGCAACCUCAUUUAACCUCCAGUCAGCAACUACCUCACGAAAGAAGAGGGUUAAAGUCCGCUCCUGCAUCCAGGCGCGUAAGCUUAAAACGUACAUUCACGGACGUCAGUUCUGCUAUACCUCAGCGUCAACUGAUAGAACCUCUAGCACAACCAUAUCCGACAGCAGACCCCUUUUCCCCGCUAGGUACCCCGAUCAUUGGCUCUGUUUUUCCAACUCCAGCCUUGCACACCCAUAGCAGCAAAUGGAACCCUGUCUCACAGGCCGUUUUCCGAACUGAAUCCAAGGCACCCUGGACCAUCUUAGCGGCGAAUGACUUAUCAUGUCUCGUAUUUGGCGUUACACAGGCUGAAGUCCGCAAGCUGAGUAUCUUAGAGGUCGUACAAGAGGAUCGACGGCAAUGGCUCGAGUCAAAACUGCGAAAUCCCACCACCGAUGCUGCAGCCAAAGCUCGGCCGUCACCAGAUAAGUCACGUAUGAAACCCGCUGUCCCGAAGUCCAUGGGCAUGGGUAAUGGUGUCACAGCACAGCUGCUCAGUAAACCUCCUUCUCGGGCCCGACCUUCAAGGAGAGCUCAAACCGAUGACGGCUAUGGAUCGAGUGUCUAUACUGCAAGACAACUUAACCACCCGGCAACCAAAUCGCGCGGUGUUUUAUUAUGUGGUGAUGUAGUUCCCAUCCAAAAGCGCAAUGGUGCGAAGGGUUCUGCAAGCAUCUGGGUUAUGGAAAAACGUGGUGGUUUGAUCUGGGUUCUAGAGGAAAUUCAGGAAGAUGUCGCUUACAUUGACUGCGACGAGUCUUGGAAUAUUACCGCCAUCCGUGGGGCUGCUGGUAGAAUUUGGGGCCAUGGGAUGACCGAGAUUGGUCAACAUCUCUCGAAACUUCUUCCUCAACUGCCUCCAAGCAGCUUGAAGGCGCCGGCGGAGAAAGGCCUUAGCGAGGUUGCCGAUAUUAAGUACUUCGCAGCGUCUACUUCUGGGCCAAUCUGCACACCGGUCACGGUUUCUAAAGACGAGCGCUCUCGCUCUUUGCGAGUAUCUAGCUACCCUCACGUCGCCGGCAUCAUGGUCUUGUCGUCCUCGAGCCUAAAGAUCGUUAGCUCAAACUCGGUCUUCUCCUCAGUAUUAUUUGGCUAUGAGCGGCCGGAGGGACUUGACAUAACGGACCUCAUACCCGGGUUUGACGACUUUCUAUACGUGAUCUCGGAGGAAGAGAAUGUGCCUCUAGUAGACGGCGUCGUUAUUCCGGAGCUCAGUUUCCGAAGAGCACGGACCCUUUCCAUGUUACGGGACGGCAAAGCGAAUGUCGCGUCGGUCUUCCUGGAACCUGCUGGUAUUACGGCCAAACAUCGCGACGGAUCAACAAUUGCUGUGGAUGUUCAGUUACGCGUCGUGAAGAGCGGGUCAAUAUUCCCAAAGCAACGCGAGAAGAAAGGCGAUAUUGAGGAGGAGGCUGACGAUAGGCCCGAAGGUGCCGUCACAGUAACGGAGCUUGUGUACGCUCUAUGGAUCACCUAUUCAAGAAAUAUCCACUCUCAUGGUUCGCCGGUGCGGCCUCCUACACCGCACGAAGUAUCUUCAUCGGCAACAAGCACGCCUGAAACCCCAACUUCUAAGCCGUCUCCAGGGACGCCCACUGGUCCUCGAAUUACCGUACCGGAGGGCAUGAAAUCGAGGAUACCAACGUCAACUUUGAGCCAGCAGCUUAGCGAGGCAGCGUCGGAGCCGCUCACCGACAAACCUGUCCAGCUGGUGCCGGAGGUGAAGCCAGCUAAUAACAAGGAGGCUCCAAAGAAGCGUUCCAUUUCGGAUUAUGUUAUUCUUGAGGAAAUGGGUCAAGGGGCGUAUGGUGAAGUCAAACUUGCUCGCCUCAAAAAGGUGCCCUCCAAGAAAGUCGUGCUCAAAUACGUGACUAAGAAGAGGAUUCUGGUUGACACAUGGACCCGUGACCGUCGCCUCGGGACCGUUCCAUUGGAGAUUCAUGUCCUAGAUUAUCUACGGCGAGAUGGCUUGAAACAUCCGAACAUUGUGGAAAUGGAAGGAUUCUUCGAAGACGACAUCAACUACUACAUUGAAAUGUUACCGCACGGGCUUCCGGGAAUGGACCUCUUUGAUUAUAUCGAACUGAAGACCAACAUGGAUGAACAGGAGUGCCGAAAUAUUUUCGAGCAGGUCGUCAGCGCCAUCCAUCACCUGCACACGAAAGCUUUGGUUGUCCACCGUGACAUCAAGGAUGAGAACGUGAUCUUGGACGGUGAGGGGAGGAUUAAGCUAAUUGAUUUCGGUAGCGCGGCCUAUAUCAAGAACGGGCCGUUCGAUGUCUUUGUAGGAACGAUUGAUUAUGCCGCACCUGAAGUCCUGCAAGGGAAGUCAUACCGAGGCAAAGAGCAAGAUAUAUGGGCGCUUGGUAUCCUGCUGUAUACGAUUGUCUACAAAGAGAACCCAUUUUACAACAUCGAUGAGAUCCUGGACCAUCCUCUUCGAGUCCCUUUCAUACCAUUCUCGGAGGAUUGUAUCGACCUGAUCAGGAGGAUGCUUGACCGAGAUGUGGACAACCGCUUGACGAUCGGCGAAGUUAUGGAGCACCCAUGGAUGGUUGACGGCUGAACCGACCACGGUCUUCGCUACUCAUUUUGGAUAAGCCAAACUGCCACACAAAAACAGCUUAUAUACCGACAUUACAUACAUGACAUGACAUGGAUCUUGA